AUGGCAUCAAGAGGUGAAGCAGAAACUCAAGCCUUACGGCAAAGAGUAGAAGAGCAGCUAAGCAGACUAAUAACUCAAUUGCGUGAUCUCGAAGAGAACAAAGAGCUUAUGGACGAUUCUGAGUACUCUUCAAUGAAAGAAGAUACUCUCCAGCAGCUCAGAGAAUUCGAGGCACAGCUGGAAAGAUGGAAAAGUGGAAACAUUACUUUGAUUGACGAUUUCAAUCGCAUUCAAAUCGCAAUCCAACAAGCAGUCUCCCAAGCCUUCAAAACUCCUGAAGUUAUUCAGAUGUUUGCAGCGAGACAACCUCAACAACUUAGAUCUAGACUUGAAGAAAUGGAAAGGGACCGGCAUCUGGGGAAAAUUCAGGAGCAAGACUAUCAGGCUAAAAGAUUAGAAAUUCUGAUGGCUCUAGAUAAGCUUGGAGAAACCUUAAGUCCUGAAGAAAGAGAACUUCUGGUGUCUUUUAGCUCAGCUGGAAAUAGAGUGGAAGCAAACCAAGACAGAGAAGUCGACGCAAAAGGACUUUUCCCAGCCGCAAAAGGGCUGCUGUCUCAUGCUAAACAUCUCAUAAAAGAUGAUAAACUUCAAUUAUAA